AUGGAGCAAGUCGGCGAAGAUCUCCGCGACGCUUUUGAUCCUGUUGAAGACCGGGCAACUAUUCGUCGCAAUCUACAAUUGUACUCCCCUCCCGGUGCACAAUUCGACUCGAGUCCCCAAGAUCUCGAGACCAGCGGCCUAGACUGUCUGAUUGUGUUGAUUCGUUGGAUCUACAGUCAAAUGCUACCGCGUUAUUUCGACAAAGAGAAACGCAAAGACGUCGAGCAAAGAAAUCCGCUCCUUGCUCUGGCCUGGGCAUAUAUCGAAUCUGACGAGGAGAAGAUCGCAUGGGCGCAUUCGAAGCAGCAUAUCCUGAAACUGCUCAAUUCACAUCAUUCGAGACAACCUGAGACCAGCUUUCUUAGUCUGAUCAAUUCGCCUCUCAUGAAAGAGACCUUUUGGCUUGAUAAUGCGCACUUCUUGUACCGAGAGUGCUUAAUAAGGCAGCAUGGUGCUCAAUGGGAGAGCGCAGAUAUGGGCCCGAAUCCGGCUGCGACGAUGGUUGACAUAAGCACUAUGGUGGUCGACCGUGCCCAGAAGCCAAACAGGAGUUUCAAAAAGUUCAUGGAAACACCUUUCAAGCUUCUGGAGAAACGCGACAAACAGAUAUUGAAGCUUUGCGCUGAGCCUGCAGUCAUCCGUGUGCAUUACAAAACACGCAAAGACCUAGAACCCUUUCCAUUCUCGGAACUCCAGAAUUUCCGUGUCCCUGUUUACUACAUAGACGACAUCGAUGCCUCGGCGCCUCUUCCAUUGCCCAAUCUAUGUCUGUACACGUUGAUUGCUUCGGUGUCGCUAGCGACAGACAAAGAGCGUAUCAGAACAUACAAAUUUCUUGGUGAAGAGAUCUCGCCCUGUUCUUAUACUGGUAGAGGAAAGCGAUGGAGUCUCGAAGACAAGAUAGAUGGCGAAUUCAUGCUAUUCUAUUUUCGCGCCGGGCGUGUAGAAUUUGAUCCUGAAAUUCCAGAAAUCGGCACACUUCCUCAAGACAAUCCAACCUUCGCUUUUCUCAACAAGUUCUUCGAUGACUGCAAAAAGGCAGACGAGAAUAAGCGCGGACAUUGA